CAACUUUAUUUUCUUAUCUCUUCAGGAAUUUUCUUUGAUCGUGGCGUAGUGUUCUUGGAAAAACUUUGUGGUGCCUAUUUCACUCUGAAGGUAUGGUUCAGUAUGAUUGAGGUUCAGAUUCAACAGGGCUAGCUUUGUUCAGCUGAACCUAAUUAUCAAUGAAAUUUGGUUAUUUAGUUGAUUGAGUAAAAAACGGGACACUUACUUUUUCAUAUGGGUGAUAUGGGUGUUUGAUAACCUUUUCCAUGAAAUAAAUAAAAUUUUAAUUUACAUUUAUGUCCAUUCAGUGUGACAAAUAUGCAAUAAGAGUGGAAAUCAGGAUGGGGGCAAAUACUUUUUCACGGCACUGUACACAGAGAAUAUUCCUCUGACUCACACAGGAAAGGCCGGUUUCAGGUUAGCUAAGUAAAUUCUGGUCAUAAAGUUAUUAUCUCUGUCUCUGCAUCAUAAAACCAGUUUUGCCAAACAUUAACUGUUCUGUUUUGUGUCACCUGUACUAAUGACCUAUUCUGAGUUUCAUAUUCAGGCAAUCAGAAUUAUUUUUCCCAUUUCCGUUUUUGGUUCUACUAAGCAAUACUCUACUCAUACACUAUUCCUCACUGCUGUACACUACUGUUCUGCACUUAAUACUGUCCUCUAUGAAAUUCCAUUUUGCUAUCUACAUCUCACGUUAUUCCACACCAUGACUUCUCACUUCUCUACACAACUCUACUCCGCUACCAUCGUACAUUAUUCCAAAAUGCUCUACCCAGUGCUUGACUGUUGAUGUCUGUGCAGUAUUUCCUAGUGGUCUAUUCCAUACUACUCUCUAUCCUUUGCACUUUCCCAAUGUGUUAUUUUGUUAUAACCUGAUGUCCCCCAAACAUCACUGCCCUCCAAAACAAUCCCCACACAGUAGAAUAUCCAGUGUUAAGUCAACUCUAGCAGAGCACAUAUGAGUCCAUUAGGCCUCAUAUGUAUUCUGUAAGUUGAUUUAACACUAAACAUUUUACUGAGCAUUUAAUAAAGCAGGUGCAAAAAUAAAACAAAUGUUUAGUAGAUGUUGGUAUUGUUGCAAUUGAAAGGAUGUUAUCUGUUAGCUUCAAGUCUCACAUGACUGAGCCUAGCUGAAAAGGCAAACAUAAAAAAUGAUGUCAUCACUUUCAGCAUGAAAUAUCUAUGACCAGGUCCGUAUUGAUCACCAUUAACCUGAAACCCCAGAGACCACUCCUUCUAUCAUCAUCAUCGCACGUAGGGAAGGGCUUGGCUCUUGAUUACUUUAUAGCCCCUAAGCAGAGAGUAAAGUCCCCAGCACCUGGAAGAGCGGGGACAUUCAGUAACACAGCGGCGGCAGGAAGGACGGAGGACAUUCAGUGACACAGCAGCGGCAAGAAGACACGCAGAAGCCCAGCUUCCUUCCCACCUGUUGGCAGCGACCUUUCUCGGCCUGUGCGCAUUUGUGCCUUUUCUCAGUUUUUGGAGUGUUUGACCUUCGGCUCGGGAGCGUUUUUUGUGGCGACGAUGUCUACCGCAACGGAAGUGACCGGGUUCUUUUUGUGUGUGGGGAGCUGGUUAAUCACUGGCGCCUCUCUUGCCAACGACUACUGGAAGGUGUCCACGUUCUCCGGCAGCGUCAUCGUCUCCACCCGGCAGUAUGAGAAUCUGUGGCACUCCUGCGCUGAGGACAGUUCUGGCAUAACCAACUGUAGGGACUUUGAGUCUAUGCUUGCCCUGCCAGGUUACGUACAGGCUUGCCGUGCUCUGAUGAUUGUUGCCCUGCUGCUGGGUCUGGCUGGGAUCGUCGUGUCAUUGCUGGGACUGAAAUGCACUAAGAUCGGUAGCGCUUCCAAGGAAACCAAGGGCAAGAUCGCCCUGACUGGCGGCGGGCUGUUCCUGCUGUCAGGUAUCAGUUGCUUGAUAGCUGCAUCCUGGUAUGCUGCUCGAGUUGUGCAAGAAUUCUACGAUCCCUUCUUUGGAGGUGUCAAGUUUGAACUUGGGGCUGGCCUGUACAUGGGCUGGGGUGGAGCCAGCUUGGCCAUUUUGGGAGGGGCUUUCCUGUGCUGUUCCUGUAAGCAGGCUGUUGGGGCUCCACCUAAAGGCGGAAGUUAUGGUUACAACUACUCUACAGCUGGCCAAGAUCAGAAGAUCUUCAGACAAGCACCGGCAACAGAUUCUGGAACUUCAAAAGCAUAUGUUUAAACUCAUUUUAUAAAUCAUUAGAUUUAGAAACAUUUCCAUGUCUGUAUAUUAAUUGGUAUUUUUACAGUUGUUACUAGCCUAUUUGACUGGUUUACUAAGCAAUUUUUGUUUUAUAUUUCUGUUUUUAUUUUGUUUGUAAAUUGUUAUGUAAUUAUGAGCUAGGUAGAAUGAGCUCUAAUUUAAAUGUUGAUUAAAGAUUGAAUAAAUGCAUAUUUGGUUAAUUGAUUUAUCAGCUAAUAAAUCAUAAUUUGCUAUCAAA